AUGUCGACGUCGUGGCUCCCGUUCCUGUACCCGCCUCCGGCGUCGGCGUACGUGGCUGCGAUGUCGGCGGUGUCGCUCGUGUCCAUGGCCAACGCGGGCCUCGCCGAGCUCCGCGGCAACCACAUGGCCUACUCCAAGUUCUGGCACGUCGUGGCGGCGGCGGGUGCCGGCGGGAACACCAAGAACCGGGGCGGCGCCGGCGGCAGCGCGGGCACGCUCUUGAGAAGCCGGGACGGGAUGCUGCUGGCCUACGCCCCGGCGCUCCUCGCCGCCGCCGCCUCCUUCGCCGUGCCGGGCGCCGUCGAAGGCGCGCGCGCCCAGCUCCUCAGCGCCGCGCUCGCCGCCCACUUCCUCAAGCGGGUUCUCGAGGUACCCACUCUGGAUUUCAUCUCCUCUCCUUCUUCUUCUGCUGAUGAGGAUAGGAGCAGAGCAGCUGAACAUCCGCCGUCACGUUCUCUUCUCUCCCAGGUGCUGUUCGUGCACCGGUACAGCGGGAGCAUGCCGCUGGACACGGCGGCCGCCAUCUCCAGCAGCUACCUGCUGAGCACGGCAACCAUGAUCUACGCGCAGCACCUCAGCCACGACCUGCCAGACCCCGCCGUGGACCUGCUGCACCCCGGCGUGCUCGUCUUCGCCGUCGGCCUCGCCGGCAACUUCUACCACCACUACCUCCUCUCCAGGCUGAGAGCAGACGCCGGCAGCGGCGGAGGCGGCGGCGACAAGGGGUACAAGAUCCCCAGGGGCGGCCUGUUCGGGCUCGUCACCUGCCCGCACUACCUCUUCGAGAUCCUCGCCUUCUUCGGGUUCGCCAUGAUCGCGCAGACGAUGUACGCGCUCGCCGUGGCCACCGGAACCGCGGCCUACCUCGCCGGCCGGAGCUGCGCCACCAGGAGGUGGUACCGGUCCAAGUUCCAGGAGUUCCCGGCGAGGAUCAAAGCGUUGCUGCCGUACGUGUUGUAG